UUCGGUUUGCUGUCUGACUGUUUCCGUCGUUUUGCCGCUGCAGCAUCAUGGCGCCUUGCAGGCCGGCGUUGCUGAGCCUCCUGGUCGUCUUCGGCCUCCUCAUCCUCUCCACCGAGGGGAGAGGCGUUCAGGAGAAACUGAGUCCUGAUGUCACAGCUGGAAGUUUCCUCAGAGGAAAAGAUGAACAUCUGGAGAGAAGCAGACUGAUUCCUGAUCAGCUGCUCCACAAUGAAAAGGUUCUGGACACCUUCUUGGUUGGUUCUGACCAGCAGACGAUGGCGGACCGGCUGCAAAGCGCUGCAGAGAUCUCUCCCAGCUGCACACAGGAAGUUCUGGUUCCGACCCGCAGCACCGACCCAUCAGACGGAAACACCGGGCAGGAAAACGGGUCGGAACCGCAGCAGCGUCUCCCGGUCAGCAGAAAGCUCCUCUACAACCAGACAGUCUGUGAGUCAGAACCCAACCAGCAGAACCCUCAGAUGGAUCAAGCAGCGCAUGAAGCCGACCCGGUUUCCAGAACCUCCAGAACCGCCCCGAGCCCAGAUGGUCCCCUGGUAGAGUUUGACCAGCAGCAGAUCGUCAUGUUAGCAGACGAUGAGGUGGUGAGAACAGCUGCAGCUUCUCUCUACCACAAACAUCCAGCGGUCAGUUCGCUUCACGCCGUCCGUCCCCAGCACAGAGUCCGGCAGGUCAAAGGUCAGGCGGCGCCUCUGUCAGAACGCAGCAGCCUGGUUCUGGUGGGUCACGGAGCCAGAGAGCCUUCAGGAGAGAUGAGGAUAUCAGGGUACAGCUACCGAGACGUGGCCAGGAUCAUCCAAAGUGCCUCCAGGAUCGGCCAGAAGAUCCAAACCACUGCAGUGGUGGCCUGCGGCGUGGGAUCGGACCGCCGCUUCCCACCAGCUCUGCUGCAGACGCUGCACGAAGCCGGCCUGGAGACGGAGCUGCACCUGUGGAAGACCGCCGUCCAGGUGGCGGAGACGGGAGACGUCCUGAGUCAGGACGGAGCGCGGUGGAGAUCUGGAGAUCUCACCAAGAAGCUGGUUCUGACCGUCGGCCGGACCGGAGAGAUCAGGAGGAGGGACGACCGCCGCCGCACCGGGCAGGAAGUUCCCACCAAUCAGACGGCGCUGCUGGGCGACGGAGACGAUGAGCCGGACUUCAGAGAACAAUGGCCAACAGCAAAAAGAAGCUUCAUUGAUAACAACAUCUAUGAGAAAGUUGUUUCAUAUCUAACAGGUUCAGAAGAUGUUAAACAAGAACAAGUCGACAAAGUCAGAGAAACCUUCAGGAUCCUCGAAGGUUUGACGUGGGGAUUAUUUUACCCAGAGUUCCCUGGUGGCAGAGGUGCGGCACAACCACUAAGGAGAGUUCAGGAUCCAGACCUGGACAGGUUCAUCAUAGGGAAGAGAGACGGGCCGGGAAAAGUUGUCUGGUUAGACAACAACGGUAAAGAAAAUGUUCUCCAGAGAUGCUACGUGAUUGAAACAGGAAGUGACAUCAGAAAUAUCAUCCGCCAUUUUGCAAGGGUGGGAGAGAACGCUGACUCCUACCUGCUGAUCAAUGAUUGGCUGUUCUUGGUCCAACCAGACAGUCUGUAUGUUUACCCAAUAGGAAGGCGGUUCAGUGAGGAUGAAGACGGUUCACGCAACGCUGUGCAGAAACUGAUUCAGCAGCAAAACCAAGAGGGAAACGAAAGAUAUGAAAACAUUAAGAAACACAUCCACGAUAAUGAGAGGAAGAAUUUUGUUAAUAUCGUGACGAAUAUUUUCCGGAAUCAGCCCGUCUGCUUGGACUUCAACUCGGAGUUGUUCUCAGUCUGGUAUUUCACAGCUUCAGUCAUCGCUGAAUCUGCCAGGAACUUCCGGACGUUUCCUUUGACCCUCAUGGCUCUGAACAUGAAGAACAAGAGGUUCUGGUUCGACCCAAAGUACAUCACCAUGGCUGAUGGGGGAACCUGGCUGAACAAGCCGCUGCGGGGCUUCAGCGGCUCGGCGGAGGGAUACCCGGAGAAACUCGCCGCGCUGCUGGGGAGAGAGUACAUGGUGAUGAGAGCCUGGCAGCAGACUACAGUGAAGAACCAGCAGGGGGCGGACGAGUUCACGGUCAUGGCUGAAGCUGCACAGAAGCUCAAUGUGUUGGCGGAGCAGGAGAAGAAUGAGUUCAUAAAGGAUUGCAGAGAAUUUGUUGUUGAUGUGAAGAACCAGCAGAAUCUCCCAUCAGCGUCCGGCAGCUUCAGCACCAACGAGCAGAGAGAAGGUCCAGCAUUCAGCCUGGAGGUCAAUAAAUGACCAGAAAUAUCAUCAAACUGCUGCGGGGUUCAGUUACUGCCAGCAUUAAUAUUUUAUAUUUAAUGUUAACACAUGAUGAUGUCUGUCGUUUAAACUCUGGAGGAGCUGAAAGUUUCACCGUUUUAAUAAAAAGCUUUGAUUCAUUUCGUCAUGUCAGUUUUUAAUUUGACUAAAGUUUCUGUCUUCAUCUCUAACAGCUGAAAUUAAACCAUUUUCUGUCUCCAGUU